UAGUAAGAUUUCCAAGAGCGACUAGCAACACAGCCAUUCGGUGUUUUGGUUCGAUAAGUCGACGCUUGUCGCUAUCCCGUUGUUUUUGUUGAACAUAUUGCGCAUAAAUUGAUUAAAGUUGAAAUUCUAGAAAAAUAAAAUACUACUAAGAUGGCUAUCGGGGUGGGAAUGUCGUGUGUGAAGUACCUACUCUUUUGCUUCAAUCUUUUGUUUGCGUUAACCGGCCUGAUCAUCCUGAUUGUUGGUAUUUGGGUUGAAGCGAACUCCCAUCCUUAUAUCAACCUUACCGAUGAAGGCUUCUACACUACUGGACCUGUAGUCCUCAUUAUCGUUGGAGUGAUUGUGUUCAUAGUUGCAUUCUUUGGUUGCUGCGGUGCUGUGAAGGAGAACCAUUGCAUGAUAGUAACGUUCGCUAUAUUCCUGCUGGUCAUCUUCAUAGCGGAGCUGGCGGUUGGUAUUGCUGGUUACGUAAAGCACGACGAUAUAAAAGACUCAAUCGUACGCCAUCUCAACACCACAAUCAAGGAAUAUCCGACUAACAAGGAGGUCCAGAGCACCUUCGAUAUCCUGCAGACUGACUUGCAAUGCUGCGGUAUCUACGGGCCGGGAGACUGGGCCAACAACUCGAUGGCGAUCCCCGACACGUGCUGCGCGGGCCGCGAGAUCAAGGAGGGCGCGGCCGCCGCCUGCGCGCCCGACUCCCCCGGCUUCCACUCCCUCGGCUGCGUCGUCAAGCUGGUGCCGCUCUUCAACGACAUCGCCCUGCUGCUCGGCGGCGUCGGCCUCGGCAUCGCCUUGGUGCAGCUCGUGGGAGUGAUAUUUGCGUGCUGCUUGGCGCGCUCCAUCCGCAGUGAAUACGAGACUGUGUAAGCAACCCUGACACAUAAACUAUUGCUGUCUCUUUCAGUGACAGAGAUAGCAAUACAAGUGUUACAAUUGAAAUUCAUACAAUUGUCAACUUUAAUCUCAUGCUGUUAGUGUCCAUUUUUCAAUUUUAAUUAUUGUGAUUUAAUUAUAAGUUUGUCCGUAUAUAUUGUAAGUUAUGUUUGUUUUCACAUUUUAUAUUUUAAAUACAGUUUUAUAAGAACGCUGUUAGUUUCUCUAUUAGUUAGAUUUUCAUUAUUCCAUGAACACAGUAUGUAUACUUAAAAUAAAUAGAUUUAUGUUUACAGUUACAAAUAAUUGAUUUUGAAAGUAAAAUUCAGGAGAAUUUGUAUCUUCAUUUAAUUCUGCAAUUUCAUUAUCUUAUAGAUUUUCAUAUACAAAGUUCAUUCAGUGUAGAAGACUGAUUUUGGUAUAGAAAUGGUUUAAAAUUGCCAAAUUUUAUUAAUAUUAUUUUUAAUUCUUUAAUAUUUUCUAAUAUAGGUGACAAAUGUAUUCUUCAUAUAGUUGUAGUGUGGUGCACAUUUUUUGUAAAAUCUUAGAUUUCAAAACGUUCGGUAUAGAUUGUUUUUCUAUAAAAACAAUAUUUGUAUCUUAACUAAUUUGAUGUGUAGCAUUUUUAAAGUUUUUCAAUGUAUAUGCCUAUUUAAAAUAAAAUAUAUGAUCUAAU